GUGUAUACUCUCUUAAAGGGAUCGCAGCUGCUCCGUUCAAACUUUGCGGAGCUCCAUUUUUUUUUUACCAUUGUUAUAUUUUUUUCAUAUUUUAAGUUCUCGCAAAUUUUUUCUUAAAGUCACCAAGGUUUUCUCAAAAGCUUAUAUCACGAUUUGAAGCAAAAGUGGCUGUAACGUCAAGGAAAAUGCAAGGUAUACAUGUAACCGUUUUAUGUGGAAUUUUAAUGAGUCUCACUGGUUGGACUUCAGCGCAACAUAGACAGCAAGACUGGUAUGAAACUACUCUCGAAUAUCAAAUCUACCCACGAUCGUUCAAAGACUCGGACGGUGAUGGGACCGGCGAUAUCAAAGGAAUUAUCGAGAAGCUGGAUUACUUGGCAGACUUAGGAGUCGAGACGAUUUGGCUUCAGCCUUUCUACAAAUCCCCUAUGCGAGACAAUGGUUAUGAUGUCUCCGAUUUCAGGGCACCGGACCCGAUGUUUGGAUCGAUGGACGAUGUUAAGAAUAUGAUCAGAGCUAUAAAAGAAAGAGGUAUGAAGUUGGUUAUUGAUUUUGUCGUAAACCACUCAAGUGACGAGCAUGAAUGGUUUAAACUGUCGGAACAAGGAGUCGAGCCUUACAAAGAUUAUUACAUUUGGAAUGACGGAAAGAAAAUAAACGAAACUCAUUCAGAAGUUCCAAACAACUGGGUCAGUAUUUUCGAAGGAUCAGCAUGGACGUGGAGUCCGAUACGAAAGCAAUACUAUUACCACGCGUUCGCUAUCAAACAACCUGAUUUAAAUUUCCGUAACCCAAAACUUCGAGAGGAAAUCAAUAAUUUGAUGAGAUUCUGGAUGGAUCUGGGGGUGGACGGCUUCAGAGUGGACGCGGCAAAGUGGUUAUUUGAAGCAACACAUUUGCUAGAUGAACCCAUCCGACCUGGUAGGAGGCACACAUGGUUUGGCAUGGACCAUAUUUACACACUUAGCCAACCUGAGUCCUUUGAUUUGGCGCGCGAGUGGAGGAUGACUAUGGAAGAGCAAAAGAAAAAGGACGGAGUAACGAAGUUGCUGUCCAUAGAGGAGUUCGGUACUGCAGAUUACUUGGUCAAAUACAUGGGCAAUUCGACUCAUCCAGGUGCGCAGAUGCCCUUCAACUUCCAUUUCAAAAUGUUGACAUACGAAGCCACCCCUGCGCGUAUUGCUCAAAUCAUCCGCGAUUGGCAAAAGUUUCUGCCUGAGGGAGGCGUCUUCAAUUGGGCGGCGGAGAGUCACGAUCGACCUCGGCUGCCAACUCGCAUGGGCCCCGAAGCUGCGGAUUCGUGGAACAUGCUCCAAAUACUUCUCCCUGGGAUCCUAAACGUCUACUACGGAAUGGAGCUCGGUAUGGAGGACUGUUACAUUCGUCCGGACCAACGGAAGGACGCCAUUGGCCGCAACGAGGACGAUCCUACCACGAGGGAUACAUCCAGAACCCCUAUGAUGUGGGACGACACUAAAAACGCCGGUUUCUCAACAGCAGAAAAAACUUGGUUACCCGUCCAUCCAAACUAUUUUCAGAAAAAUGUAAAAUCUCAACUGGCAGAUCCUCACAGUCAUUUGAAUACCUUUAAACGGCUGGUUAAGCUCAGGAAAACACCCAUCAUCAAAUUAGGCCGACUUGAUACUUACGUAUUGCGCGAAUGGGUUUUCAUGUACACCAGGAUUCUAGAAAAUGAAACAGUCCUAGUCAUCGUUAAUCUUGGAACGGAGACAGAAAAAAUAUGCGCUAAGAAUAUAGCACGAGAUUUGCCUGAUUCAAUGACAGUUCACACGCCUAGUUUCAACUCCCGCUUCAAAAUAGGGGAUAAGGUGACUCUCACGUCGACAGGAGGGCAAUCCUGUUCAGAGUUGAGACCCAAAGCUGGCCUGGUCCUUACCAACACGCCCGCGGUGCCUGAACCUGCAGUCAGUUCUAGCGCUGCAUUAAAUCAUUUCAUAUGCCUAAUCGUCCUCGCGGUUGGAAUCAGUAUUUUGGCGCCAGGCAUUCUAUAGAUCAACGUUCAUGCUGGUGGGAACAUCCCAACAUAGCUGAGCCUUUGCCUUCUGGAAACCAAACUUUCGUCCAGUUCCAACGCUAUGUUGACUCAUUUUAUCGUGUUAGGCUCAUCCGAGGCUCUUAGGCACCCGUCCUGCCGUGAUAGCGAAGAGAGCAGUAAGUGCUUUUUUGUAUGAGCCAUGCGGUUGACACAUGCUAUAAUGUGUCUCGAGGUUCAUCCUAGCAUGCACCUAUACUGCAGUGCUAAGGAAGAAACCGUAUGAACCUUCAGGCGUUGCCAAAUUUCCUUUGAUGAAACACGAAUUUCCUAAUAAACUUUUGAAUAUUUUCCUUCCAGUUUUUCAGAUAAUUUGUUCGCAAUUUCACCUAAAGUUCCUAAAAAUUUCAGGGGAAAAUAUACAUAUCUUUACAAUCAAAAAUAAACAUUUCAUCGAAGGAAAUUUGGCAAUUCUCGAAUGUUCAUACGGCGUUCUUCCUUAGCACGGCUGUACUGCUCUCUUCGCCAUUUCGGCAGCGUGCUUAGAGUCCCAUCCUCUGAGAAAGUGCACAGUAUGAUUUAGUGACUAUGUCAUUCGAUAUUCGAUGUAUACCCCAGCGCUCCAUCCAGGGCAACGGAAAAGUUUUUAUAUAUAUUUGUAUUAAAACACUAUUAACCAUUUUGCCGCUCUUUUUAAGAGUUGUACCAUUUUACAGCGGUAAAUCCAAUGUAAUAACGCGUUCACUAAAUCAGUCUAUUGUUUAAAUUAGUACUACGUACUGCACACUUUUUUCUUUAAUUUCCAAAGGUUUUUUUGUGUAUUUAUUGUUUGUGUAUUCGAGUUUAUUCGUUCUUAAAUGUGUUUUUAUUGUGAAUUCAAAACUUGGGUAUAAGAUUAUACCCCAGGCUGAAGAUUAACUAUGGUGAUGUUUUAUGCUCGCACUAAGCCGAAUAGUAUAAGCCAAAUGCCAUUACUAUGGCAGGUCACGAACUUGGAUUUUCUGACUGGUGUAUCUUACCACCUAUGUCUUUGUAUAUGUUGUUGAUUAGCUUACAGUCAAGUUCCUAAUUUUUGUGAUCAGUUCCUCUUAACGGGUAGGAAGUAUUUCUAUUUUUUUAUGUACGGGAGGUUUCUAUACGCAUUUUGUAAAUAUAUUUGAUGUCGAUUAAAAUAACCACA